UUAAUGACGGUCGUCAUUGCAGACUAUUUUGACAGUUAUAUGAUUGAGGGCUUUAAUGGAAUCUAAAACUUGUAUCUCAACUUUAUCUGCAGAAGACCUGCUGUUGCAUCUCCUGUCGACUAAAAAACUGCCGGCUGGAAUUCCAGAAAAAUUGCUAGCUGCUGAUAUUGAUGGACAGUGCCUUCUCUGUUUAGAUGAAGCAAAUGUUGAAGUACUUCAACUAACACUGGGACACAAGAUGAAACUGCUUAGUUUCAUAAAAACAAUCAAAAGUCAGCAGCCCCAAGAGCAAGAAAAGGAAUCUACUGGAAUUGUGGCUUGUGAUCCAACGAUAGAAUACGAACCAAUCGUCAACGAGAAUCAGAUACUUGAUAUCAUUGUGACGGACCAACCUUCAAAUAACAAUGUAUUUCGUCGAGCUUUUUAAGAUUAAUUUUUCAAAAAUGACAAACUUAGUUUUCCUUUCCGAA